UGUGACCUGAGACCUGCUGAGACCGGCAAAAGUCGACAGCCAAUAGUCAAAAACCAUUUGUACGAGUGUUCGUUUGUUCUUAGCAUCGUGUUUCUCAAAUUUACGGUGCAUCGAAAAGAUCAUUCGCGAUUCAGUGCCUAGUACAUAGACAUUUCAUAGUCCACAUCGUACCAACGGUUUAUUUCUCGUUUGUUUGAAUUCGCGUCGCAAGUCGCGUAUCGUUGCAGCCAUGGUUGCCGGUGCUAAAAUGAUGAACGUCAGGGUGACGACGAUGGACGCCGAACUGGAGUUCGCGAUCCAGCAGACGACUACCGGAAAACAACUUUUUGACCAGGUUGUGAAAACAAUCGGACUACGUGAGGUGUGGUUUUUCGGACUACAAUACACCGACAACAAGGGUGAUCUGACAUGGAUUAAACUAUACAAGAAGGUGGUUCCAUGCGGCCUUCGAAAAUUCUGGCACGUGAUGAGCCAGGAAGUCAAAAAGGAGACUCCGUUGCAGUUCAAGUUCCGCGCCAAGUUCUACCCCGAAGACGUUGCGGAGGAAUUGAUUCAAGAUAUCACGUUACGUCUCUUCUAUCUUCAGGUAAAAAAUGCUAUUCUUACGGAUGAAAUCUACUGUCCUCCGGAAACAUCAGUAUUGUUAGCUUCUUAUGCAGUCCAAGCAAGACACGGAGAUUUCCUAAAAAGUACGCACACCGCGGGCUUCUUGGUGAACGAUCGUUUACUGCCACAACGUGUCAUGGAUCAACACAAAAUGAGUAAAGAUGAAUGGGAAAGCUCUAUCACCAAUUGGUGGCAAGAACACCGCGGUAUGCUACGCGAGGAUGCCAUGAUGGAAUAUCUCAAAAUUGCUCAGGAUUUGGAAAUGUACGGAGUGAACUAUUUCGAAAUUCGUAACAAGAAAGGUACGGAUCUCUGGUUGGGUGUCGAUGCUUUGGGUUUAAACAUUUACGAGAAGGAUGACAAAUUGACGCCGAAAAUUGGUUUUCCGUGGUCUGAAAUUAGAAAUAUUUCGUUCAACGAUAAAAAGUUCAUAAUUAAACCAAUUGACAAAAAAGCGCCGGACUUCAUCUUCUUUGCGACUAGAGUUAAGAUUAACAAACGAAUUUUGGCACUGUGUAUGGGAAAUCACGAACUCUACAUGCGUAGACGUAAACCUGAUACAAUUGAUGUGCAGCAGAUGAAGGCUCAAGCUAGGGAAGAGAAAAUCGCAAAACAGCAACAGAGGGAGAAGCUACAGUUGGAAAUAGCCGCAAGGGAACGUGCUGAGAAAAAACAACAAGAAUACGAAGAAAGACUUAGAAAUAUGGCAGAAGAGAUGGACAGGCGGCAAGCUGAACUAACCGAAGCUCAGGAAAUGAUCCGACGUUUAGAGGAACAGCUUAAACAAUUACAAGCGGCUAAAGAGGAAUUAGAAGAUCGUCAAAAGGAACUUACAGCCAUGAUGGAAAAACUCGAACUUUCACAUGAAAUGGAAGCGGCAGAACGUGCUAAACUUGAACAAGAAAUAAGAGCUAAGCAAGAAGAAGUACAACGUAUACAGUCCGAAGUGGAGGCUAAAGAUGCAGAAGCAAGAAGACUGCAGGAAGAAUUUGAAGCAGCCAAGUUGAGGCAAGAAGAAGCCGACAGGGCAUAUCAGGCUAGUACAACACCGCAUCAUCAUCACGUUGAAGAGAACGAAGAAGGUGAAGAGGAAGGUGAAGAUGAGGUUCCUCAGGGUGAUGUUACUAAAGAUCUUGCAACUGAUGAAUCGAUAAUCGAUCCUGUCGAAGAACGGCGCACCUUAGCCGAGAGAAAUGAACGUCUUCAUGACCAACUCAAGGCAUUGAAGCAAGAUUUAGCACAGUCACGCGAUGAGUCGAAGGAAACUGUUAUGGAUAAAAUUCACAGAGAAAACGUCCGCCAGGGACGUGACAAAUAUAAAACACUUCGUGAGAUUCGCAAGGGCAAUACUAAGCGUCGCGUUGAUCAAUUUGAGAAUAUGUAAAUUAUGUAUUCGUUUGUCUAUUUGUCUAUUUGUCUGUCCAUUUCAACCUGCCUUUAAAUUCUCUUUCAAUUUUGUGUUCACGUGGACUCAGUAAUCACUUAUUAUGUGUCAGGAAUGUACAGAUUCUCUGAUCGAUCUGUACAAGGACAUUUUUUAAAACUUGUCAGAUAUAUCGUUUUAUAAUAUUUUUUUGAGAUGCUCCGAGGAACAAGUCACCUCCAAUUUGCAACGAUGUAAAGUUUAUAACACGUAAUGCUAUUUUUCGACGUUGAUUCUAUACUCUCGAAUACAGCUAAGUAUAAAAACUCUCAUGAUUGGCGAGGAACGCGACGAGCGACCAACUUAUGCCGUCUUCCAUAUAUGCUUCCACAUUGACCGCUAUUAAGUAACUUUUUGUGAAAAAGGAUAUUUAUAUAUAUUUUUUUUUACCAUGAGUAUAUUUUCUUGCUGUUUUAGCUAUGAAAUAUUUAACAUUAAUUCAUAAUAAUAACUUCGUUGUUUUAGCUAUGUCCUUAGCUAAGGUUGUUUCUUUUUUUUUAACGAUUGCCUCCUCUGCUAAAAUAACAAGAAAAUCUGUUACAUAAUUUGUGAAUAUUAUUUUAAUUUUGUUCAAGCAUUACAUAUGAAUUUCUGAACACCGACACGCCAGUAUUUUCUUUCUCGAAGUAUUACUGUCGGUCACUGAGCGUAUCGCCGCAUAUGUUGAUUUUUGUUUACCGGUUAUCCUUUUUGUCGCGGUCCUUAUCACGUCGUCGCAUAUAGUCCGUCCUUGAUAAGGAUUUGUCUGAUGAAUAUUUCGUAUAGAUAUUUGCGUCAUCUUUCGCUUUUAUUGAUGACCUAAGAUUGAUUUUAUCAUCAGCGGUUGCUAUAAAUUUACUAUAUACUCGUAACUUCUACUUUUAUCCUGAUUUAUAAUUUUGUUUAUAACACGAGUUAUCCAAAUAGUAGACGAAUUUAUAUUUUUUAGUGGUGUGGAAUGUUUAGAAUUUGUUUGCAGUGGGUUACAAAUAACAACCAAAUAUUGGCCUAAAACAGAUUGAUAAUGUACACGCGACCGCUUGAUGUAUGAAACAUGAAAUCAGUAACAUCCGUCUUUACGAUAAAUAUAGGAAAGUUGAGUACCACGUACGAACUAUUUGCAAAACGUGCGAACGAAUUUCAACUAAUAAUUUUAUAUUGAACACACUCGUGGCCUUUAUUGAUAUACAUAUAUUGAAAUACUAGAUACUAAUAUUCAAUAAUAUAAUAUAGGAAAACGUAGGGAUAUCGCGUGACUCUUUGUAUUGCAUACCUUCAACAUAAGGUAAUUGCGCGGUUCCUAUGAAAAGGAUAGGUAUCAAGAUUCUUGAAAGCAUGAAAGAGUGAAUGUGAGAGAGAAUGGGACAAUAAAGAAUAACGUACGAAAGGUUGAAUGCUAGAAGAAUAUAUAGAGUAUGUGGCAGUCUGGUACGCCAUAUAAAUUUUAAAACAGUCGUUUUCUUUUGUUCGUUUUUUUUUCUUGAAAAAAAAAAAGAUUGUACGGUACAUCGAUGAAAUUAAUUAAAACUGAAGGGAACGAAGGUAUAAUAAUCUCCAAAUGCUGCCAAUUUUUGACGGAAUGCAAACAAAGAGCGUGACUAUGAAAUGAGAUACAAUCUUUGCAUUAAUUAAGUAGGGAAGAUGAUGAUAACGUUAAAAAACACUAAUCACUGUAUCGGCAUUUAUACUUUAUCAUCAUCACAUGUUACAAUAAACAUGAAGGGAAAAAGUACAGGAAAAAUAAGGAUAGAUAUUUUUUGAUUAUAUUUAAUACUACAAUUUACAAAUUAGUAGUGUUAUUAUAUUAUUAUUAUUAUUAUUAUUAUUAUUAUUAUUAUUAUUAUAUUUACAAUCUAGCAGCGUUAUUAUUAUUGAAAUAAUAUUACAUGAAAAAGCAACGUAUUUUAUAGUCAGCCUAUUUGUACUCUUAAGGAAAUUAUCAAAUUUGCAUCGCGAUUACUAAAUAUUUCAUACGAUGCAACGUCAUGUUCUAAUAUUCAACGAUGUAGACGAAUACCAUUUUUAUAAAAAUUUACCUGGAUAUUCUUCCCCACUAAACACUUGGUAAGAAAGCUAUUUUUGAGACAUUCCAAAAAUUUCGUGUAAAAUGUUUCUUGUCUACGUUGGGGUUUUUCAAUUACACACGGAUUUGUAAUAACUUUAAACUACAAAGCAUGGCCUUUUUCUAUACACGUUUAGGAUGUACUUAAGUAAGUAUACUUAUUUGAAAGAAUGACAUAUUUUUAUAUAUAUAAUAUAUAUCAUUCAUUCACACAUAAGAAAGUCGAUGAAAAACCCUAACGUGGAUUUAUAAACGAUCUAUGUUCCUUAUGAAGGUAAUGGAUACGAGAUCAUUUCUAACGUUUUUCCACGUGUAAUAACUGUAAAUAUGUAAAUUACCUUGCUAAACUUUUGGUUUGAAAUGCGAUAUGUAUAAAUUGGUAUUGUAUGCCUUCAUGAGGUCAUUAACAAAGAUUAAUUUACACCUACAUCUAUGGUGCGCAUCGCGUUCAACGUAUCUCGGUGCUACAAUUUUUCUUUGUGACAUUCAAGCGUGUAUAAGUAAAAUAGCCGUAAAUGCAUUUCUGCUUUUUACGAAAUUUUUGUAACUCUGGAUAUUUGACGGUACUUUCUAACGAAAUAAUCGAGUUCGAUCAAAAAUUAUAUUUGAAUGUUUCAUUUUUAUAUUUCAAAAAGGAUCUUCGUAGCAGUAUUAUUGAAUUCUUGAAACAGGAACACACAUAAAACACACAAGGUACGAUCACGGAGACGCAUAGACAUUGUAUUUUAUUGAAAACAAUAUUAUUUGUUGGUGCGAGGAUAUAUGAAAAUCACUUGUACUUUGCGGAGAAAGUUAGACAUUGUUUAAAUAAAAAAAAUCAUAUCAUA